UACUUGUGACUAUAACCAUCUCACAUACUCCCCACUCACGAUUUCCACUUCAUGAUCAAUGGAAUCAAUUUGGUUGAUAAUCAUAAUCACACUUUCCUUGUGUGCAACACUAAAAGCUCUGUUCAAUCUUCUUCAAACCCCUAAAAAAUGCCCACCUGGUCCUGUUUCAAUCCCAAUCCUAACAAGUUUCCAAUGGCUUAAAAAAUCAUCUGCAGAUUUAGAACCAUCUCUUAGAAAUCUCAAAACAAAGUAUGGACCAAUAAUAACCUUAUCAAUUGGUCAUCGUAAAUCAAUCUUCAUUACAACUUCAAGUUUAGCUCAUCAAGCAUUAGUUCAAAAAGGAUCAGUGUUUGCCGAUCGUCCACCGGCAACAGCAAUAUCCAAAAUUAUUACAAGUAAUCAACAUAAUAUUAAUGGAGCUUCUUAUGGUCCUCUAUGGAGAUUACUCCGGAGAAAUCUCACUCUUCAGAUUCUACAUCCAUCGAAGAUCAAAUCAUUUUCACCGGCCCGAAUAUGGGUUUUGAAUAUAAUCAAGGAAAGAAUAAUCAAAGAAUCGAAGUCAGGGGAAACCCCUGUUCUUGUUGUUCAUCAUUUUCAAUUCGGUAUGUUUUGUUUACUUGUUUUUAUGUGUUUUGGUGAAAAACUUGAUGAGAAAAAAAUUAGAGAAAUUGAAUCUGUUCAGAGAAAUUUAAUAUUGCGGUUUAGUAGAUUUCAGAUUCUAAAUUUUUUUCCAAGAUUGAGUAAAAUAGUUUUCAAGAAAAAAUGGGAAGAGUUUUAUAAGUUGAGAAGUGAUCAAGAAAAGGUACUAAUUCCAUUAAUCAGAUCAAGACAAGAAGAACAAAUGAAGAAGAUGAUGAAAUCUAGUGAAGAAAAUCAUGAUGAGAAAUCUUUAGGGUUAUGUUAUGUUGAUUCAUUAUUGAAUCUUGAAUUACCUGAUGAAGAAGGUGGAAAAAGAAAGUUGAGUGAAAAUGAAAUUGUUAGUUUGUGUUCUGAGUUUUUAAAUGGAGGUACUGAUACUACAUCAACAACUUUACAAUGGGUUAUGGCUAAUUUAGUGAAAUAUCAAGAGAUUCAAUCAAAAUUAUUUCAUGAAAUCAAAAAAAUUGAGCAAUCAAGAUCAGAAGAUUCUAAUGAUGGUGAGAUACAAGAAGAAGAUUUAAAGAAACUGCCAUAUCUGAGAUCUGUAGUUCUGGAGGGACUAAGAAGACAUCCACCAGGUCAUUUUCUUCUAGCUCAUGCAGUUACUCAAGAUGUAGUGUUAGAUGGAUAUGUAAUACCUAAAGAAGCUACAGUGAAUGUCAUGAUAGCAGAAAUUGGAAGAGAUCCAAAAGUAUGGGAAGAUCCGAUGAUGUUUAAACCUGAGAGAUUUUUGAAUGAAGAAGAUGGUAGUGUAAAUGAAGAAUUAGCAGAUGUUACUGGAAAUAAAGAGGUUAAGAUGAUACCAUUUGGAGCCGGUAGAAGAAUGUGUCCUGCUUAUGGUUUGGCAAUGCUUCAUCUUGAGUAUUUUGUUGCUAAUUUUAUCAAGGAAUUCAAGUGGACUGCUAAGGUUGGAGAUGAGAUUGAUUUGUCAGAGAAACAAGAAUUUACUAUUGUCAUGAAGAAUCCAUUGUGGGCUCAUGUUUCUCCAAGGAAACAAGAAGAUUAGUCAAAUAAUUUUUUUUUUAUUUUAGAGUUCUUGUUUAAAUCGUUCGAGCUGUACUUGUUCAAGUUCUUUCAUUUAGUUUUUGAAGGUAAAUUUGGUCAUGUCGUAUCUGAAUUUUAGUUGCAGUUCUUUCUGUCAAAAUUAAGUAUGACA